CGGAAGCUCUCUCGCGCAUCUGUCUGCGCAACGAAGACAACUCAGAGGAGCAGAAUACUUUGAGAGCAUUAGGCCUGAAACAAACUGACGGUAGCAUAAAGCAAGUUGCCCACGUACACUUCUUAAAACCUGGCGUCUACAAGAAGCACUUCCUCGGAAAUCACUUUUUAUCCUACCAAACAGGUAGAACAGCUACAAAAGCCCUUGCAUCCCCCGUCAGUUGCUGUUUUUUCCACAUAACAGACGAUCAUUGAUCAUAAUCAAAAGCCAAAGCCAUGGCGGAUUCGUCGGGGACGACAUUAAUGGAUUUGAUAACGUCGGACCAACCAUCGUCAAUGUCGGCACCUCAAGCUUCAGCACCAACAGCGAUGACGGCGUCAUUCUCUUCUUCAUCAUCGUCAAUAGCGAUGUCACCAGCAGCGAAGCCGUUGCCAUCAGAACGGAAGUCGAAGAGAGGGACUCUUAUGCAAAUUCAGAGCGACACCAUCUCUGCUGCCAAAACUGCUCUCAAUCCUGUUCGUACAAAUAUAAUGCCCCAAAGACAAAAGAAAAAGCCAGUUUCUUAUGCACAACUUGCGAGGAGUAUUCAUGAACUAGCUGCUACAUCUGAUCAAAAAAAUUCCCAGAAGCAGUUGGUCCAUCACGUGUUCCCCAAACUUGCGGUGUACAAUUCCGUUGACCCUUCUUUGGCGCCAUCUCUUCUCAUGAGCGACACCAUCUCUGCUGCCAAAACUGCUCUCAAUCCUGUUCGUACAAAUAUAAUGCCCCAAAGACAAAAGAAAAAGCCAGUUUCUUAUGCACAACUUGCGAGGAGUAUUCAUGAACUAGCUGCUACAUCUGAUCAAAAAAAUUCCCAGAAGCAGUUGGUCCAUCACGUGUUCCCCAAACUUGCGGUGUACAAUUCCGUUGACCCUUCUUUGGCGCCAUCUCUUCUCAUGCUUGAUCAGCAGUGUGAGGACCGGACUGUUCUACGAUAUGUUUAUUAUUACCUGGCCAGAAUCUUAUCAGAUACUGGCUCGCAAGGUUUAAGUCCUGGUGGUGGGAUCCCUACACCAAAUUGGGACACUUUAGCUGACAUAGAUGCUGUUGGAGGGGUGACCCGAGCUGAUGUUGUACCUCGAAUUGUAGACCGGCUUACUUCAGAGGCCUUAAAUGAUGACGUUGAAUUUCAUGCACGAAGACUUCAAGCAUUGAAGGCUCUGACUAAUGCUCCAUCUUCCAACUCUGAAAUACUUGCCAAAUUAUACGAAAUUGUAUUUGGCAUCCUAGAUAAGGGGUGA